AUGUCGCAAGCAAAAACACUCAUCAGAGCUCUACUCAACAACUCCACCAAUCCAAAACUCGCAUGGCAACUCUUCCAACGCAUUUCUCCUUCCGAUCCCAACAUCUUCUUCCCAGCGCUUCCCACCAUAACUCACAUUCUCCUCCGCUCCAACAUGUUACCGGAAAUCGAUUCCCUGCACCAUUUUCUCGUCAAUCAACCCCUCGACGAAUCCCGACACCAAUCCUUGUACACAAUCGUCAAGCUCUUAGCCGAAUCGGGUCACGUCGAAAAGGCUGUUUCCCAGUUUCAGUUUCUCAGAACCCGUUUCCUAAAUCAUCCUCCCCUGACUUCGUUUUACAAUUUCCUGAUCAAGUCUUCAUUGGAAGGAGAAAAGAGUGAGAAUUUCCUUUCUUGGUUGUUCCAAGAUAUGAUAGUUUCUGGGGUGUCUCCGGAUACCUAUACUUUUAAUCUUUUGAUUGGCGGGUUAUGUCGGUUGGGUAGGUUAGAUGAUGCUAGGAAACUGUUUGAUAAAAUGCCCGAGAAAGGAUGUGAACCUAAUGUGUUCAGCUUUGGCAUUUUGAUCCGUGGAUAUUGUAAAGUUGGGCUUUCUGAUAAAGGUUUGGAGCUUUUGGAUUUGAUGAGGGAAAUGGGUGUUCCUCCGAACUUGGUUAUCUAUAAUACGUUGAUUUCGAGUUUCUGUAAAGAGGGAAAUAACGAGGAGGCUGAGAAAUUGGUCGAGCGGAUGAGGGAAGACGGUCUUUCUCCCAAUAUCGUUACGUUCAAUUCUCGGAUAUCAGCUCUUUGUAAGGCUGGUAAAAUUCUGGAGGCAUCCAGGAUUUUCAGGGACAUGCAAAUGGAUGAGGAAAAGGAGUUGCCCAGGCCUAAUUUAAUAACAGUUAACUUGAUGUUGGAUGGGUUCUGCAAGGAAGGAAUGCUGGAAGAUGCGAAGAUACUGAUUGAAUCAAUGAAGGGAAGUGAUAUCUUACCAAAUGUAGAGACCUAUAACAUAUGGUUACAUGGUUUGGUGAAGAAUGGGAAGAUAUUUGAUGCUCAGUUAGUUAUUAAGGAUAUGAUUGAUCAGAAUUUGGAACCAAAUACAUACUCGUAUAAUAUUCUUAUGGAUGGCCUGUGCAAGAAUGGUAUGCUUGCCGAUGCCAGGAUGUUGAUGGGUUUAAUGACAAGAAGUGGAAUCUCUCCAGACACAGUCACUUACAGUACUCUUCUCCAUGGGUACUGCUCUGAGGGCAAGGUAACCGAGGCAAAUAAUGUGUUACACGAGAUGAUAAAGAGAGGCUGCACUCCGAAUAAUUACACGUGGAAUAUUUUGCUGCACAGUCUAUGGAAACAAGGGAAAGCAUCAGAAGCAGAGAAGCUCCUGCAGAAGAUGAAUGAAGGAGGUCAUGAGAUGGAUAUUGUGAGCUGUAAUAUUGUUAUUGAUGGUUUAUGCAGAAGUGGGAAUGUAGACAAAGCAAUUGAAAUUGUGGACGAAAUGUGGAGUCAUGGAAGUGCUGCUUUUGGUAGCCUUGGGAAUUCAUUCAUUGGAUUAGUUGAUGGAGGGAAUAAUGGAAAGAAAUGCUUGCCUGACUUGUUCACGUAUUCAACUAUUAUUAAGGGGUUGUGCAGUGAAGGAAAACUAGAUGAAGCAAAGAAGAAGUUCAUUGAGAUGAUGAAAAGAAUCUCGUUUCCUGAUGCAGUUGUGUACAAUACUAUUCUCCACAACUUGUGUAAAAGGGGCAAGGUUUCGAUGGCAUUUCAGGUUUUGAAAGAUAUGGAGAAAAGAGGUUGCAAUAAGACUUUAGAAACAUAUAACUCUUUGAUUUUAGGCUUGAAAAGUAAAAAUCAAAUCUUUGAAAUGUUUGGACUCAUUAAUGAGAUGAAAGAAAAUGGCAUUGAUCCCAGUGUUUUUUGUUACAAUACUAUAAUGAGCUCUCUGUGUGAAGCUGGAAGAACUGAAGAAGCUACUUCUCUGUUGGAGGAAAUGUUACGGAACGAAGUAAACCCUAAUGUCAAUUCAUUUACAAUGUUGAUUAAAGCAUUUUGCAGGGUUGGUGAAUUUACACCCGCCAUGGAUGUAUUUGAUAUCGCCCUCCGUCUCUGUGGUCAACAAGAAGCUCUUUAUGCUGUGAUGUUUAAUGAGAUGCUGGCUGGAGGGGAAAUAUUGGAAGCAACAAAACUGUUCAAAGCUGCAAUGGACAGAUGUUAUGCUCUAAAGAACUUCCUAUGUAAAGAUUUGAUAGACAAAUUGUGUAAAGAUGAUAGAUUGGAAGAAGCUCUUGAUAUUCUAAAUGAGCUGGUAAAUAAAGGAUACGGGUUUGACCCUGCAUCAUUUAUGCCCGUAAUUGACGCCUUAAAGAAGUGCGGAAGGAAGCAUGAGUCUGAUGAACUAGCAGAGAGGAUGCUGAGUAUGGCUGCGGAACCCAUGGUGGUUGACAAGGUAUAUCUUAAUCGGGUUGGCAGGCAGUUGGCUCAUGGAAAACAUCGACAAUAUGCUGCAAGUGAAUGGAAUGCAAUUUUGCAAAGAGACGAUGGAAGUGCAACUGCACUGAAAACUUUGAAACGGGUACAAAAAGGAUGGGGUCAAGCAGGUUUAUUGAGUCUAGAGUCAAAGACCAAUGACACCUUUGACGAGUGGAAUACACUAUACUAA